GUCUUUCUUUAUACGUAUUUUGGAAGCGUGAGAGCAUCAUGAACGGACACGCCAUUCUAUACACCGGGGUGACUGUGGCCUUCUGGAGUACCAUUCUGAUCGUCGGCAUCUGCUAUACAAUAUUUGACCUUGGAUUCCGAUUCGACGUGGCAUGGUUUCUUACAGAGACGUCCCCAUUUAUGUGGGCUAACCUGGGGAUAGGCCUGGCCAUUUCCCUCUCUGUGGUUGGAGCUGCAUGGGGUAUCUACAUCACGGGUUCCAGCAUCAUUGGAGGUGGUGUAAAAGCACCUAGGAUUAAGACCAAGAAUCUGGUCAGCAUUAUUUUCUGUGAAGCUGUCGCCAUCUAUGGGAUCAUAAUGGCUAUUGUCAUAAGUAACAUGGCUGAGAACUUCAGUGGUACCUCUCCGGAAACUAUUGGAGCCAGAAACUACCAAGCAGGCUACUCCAUGUUCGGCGCCGGUCUCACCGUGGGCUUCUCCAACCUCUUCUGUGGCAUCUGCGUGGGCAUCGUGGGGAGCGGAGCCGCCCUGGCUGACGCCCAGAACGCCAGCCUCUUCGUCAAGAUCCUCAUCGUGGAGAUCUUCGGCAGUGCCAUCGGCCUCUUCGGAGUUAUUGUCGCCAUCUUGCAGACCUCAAAAGUAAAAAUGGGAGACUAAAAAGAUGUGACGAGGCCACAAAAUCAACAGGAGAUGAAACGUGAUGUUCCGGAUAAGCAGAUGAAUCGUGUAUAUAUUUAGUAAUUUAUUUAAAUGUUUUUUCUUUCUCACGCCUGUUUUAACCCCUCAUUUGCUGAAGAGUGACUGGUUUGUGAAUCCCCUGCUGUCAGCAGCUGAGUAAUGUCUGCACCACCUAAUCUAACAAGUGCACAUUUCAGUCAGGAGCGACUAGUGUGCAGGCCUUGAAGGCAGCUACCCACAUCCAAACUGAAAGUGGUGUGGCCAGGUUCAUUGAUAGCAUUAUGUGUGAAAUAUAAAAACAUUUCUUUUACUGCUUGUGUGAAUUAUUCUCCAAAUAUUCCUGAAGACAACAUAAAUGCGUCAAGACAGAAAUCGAGUAAAAAUCAUAAACCUUUUAUUGAAAGGCACUUUCAGAAAUGUCCACACUGACCGGAAACACACUAUUAAAAGCCACCAGUAUCCUGAAGCACAUAGCAUUGCUGAUCUGAAAUGGUCCUAAGUGUAUUAUGUGUAAAUUUUAUGGUGGGGUUUGUGAAAAUCUUGCAUUCCAGCGGUUCUUGCUGGAGACGGUCUCUUCUUGGUAUGUGACA